AAGUGGUGAGCCCCACUGAAACGUAACCGACCCCAACCAUCCCAUUCUCCAAUGUAACAAUCUUUCUUUUUCAUUUUCAUUUUCAUUCAAAAUUUAAACUCUCUCACUCUUUCAGAUCAAGAUUUUCAUUUCUCACUAAUCAAUCAUGACUACGGAGCUUCUUCAAAUUCAUCCUUCCGAACUCAGAUUUGUCUUUGAAUUGAAGAAACAGAGUUCUUGUUUGAUUCAACUUGGAAACAAGAUUGAUCAGUAUAUUGCUUUUAAGGUUAAAACAACUUCGCCCAAGAAAUAUUGCGUUAGACCUAAUAUAGGCGUCAUCAAGCCGAAUGAAAAAUGUGAUUUUACUGUUACUAUGCAAGCUCAGCGCACGGCACCACCUGAUAUGAACUGCAAAGACAAGUUUCUUAUUAUAAGCACAGUUGUCCCAUUUGGAAUUACAGAAGAUGAUAUCACAUCUGAUAUGUUUGCAAAAGAUACUGGAAAGUAUAUUGAGGAGAAGAAGCUGAAGGUAGUCCUCAUCAGCCCACCAUCUUCACCAGUUUUGCUACCGGUAAAUGGUGACGUGAAACAGGACCAGUCCAACCAAAUUAAUGGGCUAAAAGAUAGGGUGCUCAGUGGAAUUGAAAACAUACCUCCCCCUCUAAGGGUGUCUGCGGAAGUUAAAGGUUUGGAACCAGCCUUGGAUACGAGAGAGGAUAAAACAGAUGUGGAUUUUGUCCUAAGCCAUGCUGAAAAUGUGGGUGACAUGAACCCAGCAAAAGAUGAUGUGCAGUUGAAUUUAGCAAAGGGCUGUGAGGAAUUGGAGUCAAGGCUAUGUAUGAUGGAUUCAAAGUUAAGAGAGGCUGAGGUAACCAUGAUGAAGUUGAAUGAAGAGAAACGCGCUAACAUUAAAGAAAAAGAUUUGCUAAAGAAUGAAUUGGAGGUGUUGAAGAGGAAACGUAAUGCAAAAGUUCAGGCAGGUUUUCCAUUACUGUUUGUCUGCAUGGUUGCCAUGGUCGGCGUGGCAGUUGGAUACUAUCUUCAUCCAUAAGGCAUAAAACUACUUGUGCAAGAUAGCAAAUGGUCUGAAAUCAAUGGUUUCUCUGUAAUUGUUUAUUAAGAUGGUUUUACUUGAUUGAUGUUAAUGUGACAUGGGAAUGUGUGUAUAGUGUGGACUAGGACUAUCAAUAGAAGCACAAUAACCAACCUUAUGAUAUUUUGAGCUGAAA